AUGGCGCCGAAUGGUUCUCGCCCUGUCCCGUGGACCAAGCAGCAGCUUGCGAAGGGAUACGGUGAGUGGUGGAACUGGAAUGUGCAUCCACCGCUGCCAGGGGAUGUCGUCCCGCAGUGGGGAGCCAACACAUGGAGGAGCCGUCAGUUUCGCCCGAUGGUGGAGUGCGGAAAGUGCGGCAGGUGGCUCUUCCAGGAAAGGCUCAAGGCGAAGAAGUGGACUUGUGAGUGUGGGGCGCGCUUCCAUGCUCUUGAUUGCCCUUCUGAGCGCAGUUCUGGGGGCGGUGGCACCAACAGUGCAGUCCAGCAGUUGCAGGCGAUCGCAGCAGAGCUGGGCACAGGGGGUGCUGACGUCAGCGCCAAGAAGGCCGUCGAGUCCCUCUUCGCUGCCCUGCGGGGUCCUACUAUCGAGGCCAGGCCCAGGCCACCCGGGCAGGCUCUACAGGUGGCCACUGCAGGGCUCCAGCGAGGCCGCAGGGCGCUGGAGACGGCCACGGAGCAGUGGCAGAGGGCAGCGCAGGAACUUUGA